ACAACAGUAAAGAAAACAACUAAACCUUAGACUUUUUAUAGAGAGAGUGUGGGAUUGCUGUUGGAACGACUCUUCUCUGUGUCUGUCUGUUUGAUUUUCUUUUCUUCCUAUAAUAUCUAUAAUGUCUCCAAAUCUCCUCAUUUCUUCUUCAACUCUGUCUUCUUUUACUUCAGGGGGGCUUUGAGUUUGUUGUCUGCAUAGUGCUGGCAGUUGUUGUGUGAUAUCUUGGUGCAUUCUAUUUAGGAAGCUAGAUGGGUUCCAGAUUCCCAUCUCAUAAGCUCAGCAAUGGGCUUUAUGUGUCAGGCAGGCCAGAGCAGCCUAAAGAAAGGACCCCAACCAUGAGCUCAGUGGCCAUGCCCUAUACUGGUGGAGAUAUUAAGAAGUCAGGAGAAUUGGGGAAAAUGUUUGAUAUCCCCAUGGAUGGUUCUAAGUCCAGGAAAUCUGGGCCUAUAAGUAGUGCUCCUUCAAGGACUGGGUCUUUUGGAGGUGCUGCUUCGCAUUCUGGACCAAUCAUGCCUAAUGCAGCGCCUCGGGCAGGCUAUACUACGUCAGGUCCAGGUGCCACUGGAGGCAUGUCUGGUUCAGCCUCAUUAAAGAAGUCAAAUUCUGGACCAUUGAAUAGACAUGGGGAUCCUGUAAAGAAAUCAUCUGGUCCACAAUCUGGGGGAGUAACACCAACUGGGCGCCAAAACUCUGGUCCUAUUCCUCCUGCUCUCCCCACAACUGGCCUCAUCACGUCUGGGCCCAUCUCUUCAGGGCCACUAAAUUCCUCUGGGGCUCCUCGGAAAGUUUCUGGUCCUUUGGAAUCAAUGGGAUCAAUGAAAGUGAAAGGUUCUGCUGCUCAUAAUCAGGCUGUGACUGUUCUUAGCCAAGAUGAUGACUUUUCUUUCAAGAGGAACUUCCCAAAACCAAUAUUAUGGGCACUGAUACUGCUGUUUGUAAUGGGUUUCAUUGCUGGUGGUUUUAUUCUUGGAGCAGUUCACAAUGCCAUUCUCCUUAUUGUUGUUGUGGUUCUUUUUGGUGCUGUUGCUGCAUUAUUUGCUUGGAACUCCUGUUGGGGGAGAAAAGCUGUUAUGGGUUUCAUUGCUCGUUAUCCAGAUGCAGAGCUUAGAAAUGCAAAGAAUGGGCAAUUCGUGAAAAUAUCUGGGGUGGUAACAUGUGGGAAUGUGCCUCUUGAGUCAUCCUUCCAGAAAGUUCCAAGAUGUGUGUAUACAUCUACCAGUUUGUAUGAGUAUCGAGGAUGGGAUUCCAAAGCUGCUAAUCCUACUCAUCGUCGUUUUACUUGGGGGCUCCGAUUAUUGGAAAGGCGUGCAGUUGACUUCUACAUCUCUGAUUUCCAAUCUGGGUUGAGAGCAUUGGUUAAAACGGGCUAUGGAGCCAGGGUGACUCCUUAUGUGGAUGACUCAAUUGUUAUAGAUGUCAACCCGGCCAAUGAAGCGUUAUCUCCAGAGUUCAUCAGGUGGUUGGGAGAAAGGAACCUUUCUAGUGAUGACCGUGUAAUGCGCAUGAAAGAAGGGUAUAUCAAGGAAGGAAGCACAGUUAGUGUAAUGGGAGUUGUUCAGAGAAAUGACAAUGUCCUUAUGAUUGUUCCUCCACCUGAGCCAAUUACAACUGGGUGCCAAUGGGCCAAAUGUAUCUUCCCAGCUAGCCUUGAUGGUAUUGUAUUGAGAUGUGAAGACACGUCAAAUACUGAUGCCAUACCUGUUUAGUAGCAUGUGCAUUGUAAACUUUUUCUCAGCUGCAACUCUUUUAAAAUUUGUUCUCUUAGUCUUCCUUUUUCUAUUAAUAUUUGGCAACAAUGGUGGCUGUGGUAAGGUGGUACGAUGGUGAACAUUGCAGUAGAACAUGAGAAGAGAGGCUGGGUGGCGUUUCUUAUGAUUUUAACUUGGUGUAUAGCUUUUCCAGGUUUCUUUGCCGAUAUAUUUUAAUCUUGUAGGCUUGAAGGCUGUUGUUAUGGGAAUGGGUUCAUGCAGUUGGGGGCAUUCUUAUGUGUUUGAGAAAGAUUUGGGAUAUUGUUAAAUAGAAAGAAGAAAAACAUUACAAGGUAUUUGAGUAUAUUUGUGGUUUACAUGACAGUUUUGCUUUGUUUUUUUAGGCAAUGACAGGCUGGAAACCAUUGAUGACUUACUAGGGAAUGAAUUUCCAAUCUGGUGUGACACAAUGCUUGAAUUUCAUAUUGGUAAUUUGUGUAAAGUAAUGUAUUUUCAAAGACACGUUUUGUUGAAAAUGUUAUGAGGUCAAUUUGGGUUACCAUGGUUUACCAUUUGGAAUGUUCCAGCAUUGUGUUGUGUGGCUUUGUUAGGAACAGGACACUUUGUUUCCUUUGACCUUUUCUGCUUUGUACUAUUGUUUUUAUUUUUUAUUAUUAUGGAACAUUUGUGAUGAUUUCAUUCA